GCGGCUCUGAGGGGGCCGCGCUGCGGUGCAUGCCGGGAGCUGUAGUCCCUGCGGAGCGCGCGGCGGGAGCGGUAGCGGGCGGACCACGGGUUUCCAGGAUGCUGCGCCGGAAGCCCACCCGCCUAGAGCUGAAGCUGGACGACAUCGAGGAGUUUGAGAGCAUUCGGAAGGACCUGGAGACGCGCAAGAAGCAGAGGGAGGAGGUGGACGUGGUCGGGGCCAGCGAUGGAGAAGGAGCCAUCGGACUGAGCAGUGACCACAAGAGCAGAGAACAGAUGAUCAACGACCGGAUCGGCUACAAACCUCAGCCCAAACCGAACAACCGCUCAUCCCAGUUCGGGAACUUUGAGUUUUAGCUCCGAGCCUAACUGGACUGUGCCGAGAAGGCUAGCAACAAGUGUUUCACUUGUGUGUUUGAGGACCGGGAGGGUGGAAUUUGAACACCAGCUAGGGUCUGGAGCAUUUGAUUCUUGUUUCCAGAAGUCCAGCCAGGCAGCUGCCCUUUGUCUUUGAAAUAAAAGUAUUUAUUGAUGGAGCAAAAAGAGAAAACUGUAAGAAACCUUGCAUUGAACCAAAAAUCUGAAGAGAUU